ACAACUCAUUAGGAUUCAAUCACAUUUCAGCCAAAUUGGAUGCAAUUGACCAAAACCAAGUACAGGAUACAAAUUGAUGUUUGAAAAGCCCAUUUAUAUAUAUAUAUUUUAAAUACAAAGAAACUGGGUUUGGAGAAAACGCAGGCAGCUGGCAUAUCCUGCUAUAGUGUGUCACUCGAAUUUUUUCUUUUUUUCUCUAACAAUUUAUAGGCAUCAAAAAAGGAUACAAGCCGAACAAGCUAGCCCUUUUAUUGCCUCUCAGAUAAAAGAGAAAAGGAAAAAUGGAAGACGCUGCUGCUGCAUCAUCAGCUGUAGUCGUGGAAGAAGAGCGCCUCGACGUUCUCAACAAAACUGGUCAAAAAACCGGCAUUUCAAAGCCCAGAGGAGAAGUCCAUAGAGAUGGAGAUUACCACAGAGCAGUUCACGUGUGGAUUUACUCCGAAAGCACACAAGAAUUGCUUCUUCAACGUCGCGCCGAUUGCAAGGAUUCCUGGCCAGGCCGAUGGGAUAUCUCAAGCGCCGGCCAUAUUUCUGCUGGCGAUUCGUCACUUGUGUCCGCUCAGAGAGAGCUUCAGGAAGAGCUAGGCAUUAGCCUUCCAAAGGAUGCGUUUGAACAUAUUUUUAUUUAUCUUCAAGAGUGUGUUAUAAAUGAUGGGAAAUUCAUCAAUAAUGAGUUCAAUGAUGUGUAUCUUGUGACAACUGUAGAUCCGAUUCCUCUUGAAGCAUUUACUCUUCAGGAAACAGAAGUAUCUGUUGUUAAAUACAUCUCGUUCGAGGAAUAUAGAAGCUUACUUGUCAAAGAAGAUCCUGAUUAUGUGCCCUAUGAUGUAGAUGAACAGUAUGGCCAACUCUUUGAAAUCAUUAGGAGAAGGUAAACAGAGAACACUGUAGCGCGCAGUUUGAGUCUACAAAAGCAACUCUGUCGAUAUGCUCCUGUUUCUCUGGAUGCUGAGUUGACAGGUCUAUCAAAUAAAGACAGGAAGACUCUUGGUUUACUUAUCAAGGCUGCAAAACUUAUGGAUGAACUCUUCUACCUUCAGGUUUGGUACAGCAAUCCAGCUCUAAGAGAUUGGUUGAAGGAGCGGGCUAGUGCAUCAGAAUUAGACAAGCUUAAAUGGAUGUAUUAUUCAAUUAAUAAGAGCCCCUGGUCCUGUCUUGAUGAAAACGAGGCAUUUUUAACAACCACAGAUUCAGCCAUCAUGUUACUUCCUGAAGCCACAAAGCCAGUCAGUGGAUGGAAGGGUCUGGAAUUUAAAGCAGCAUUUCCUAUGCUAAAACCACCUGGUGCAAAUUUUUACCCUCCUGAUAUGGACAAAAAGGAAUUUAAAUUAUGGAAUGACAGUCUGACAGAGAAAGAACAAAAUGAUGCAAUGGGCUUUUUCACCGUCAUCAAAAGACACAGUGAAUUUAGUUUGGAUUCUUCUUUACCUAAUCAUGCAGUUCAUGGGACAAAUCAUUUAAUAACUGCCCAUGAUCUAUAUAGUGUUCCUUACUCAAAGGAGUAUAACUCCUUCCUUAGAAAAGCUGCAGAAUUAUUGCAUGAAGCUGGGGACUUGGCUGGCUCACCUAGUUUGAAGAGGUUACUACAUAGCAAGGCUGACGCAUUCCUCUCAAAUGACUAUUAUGAAUCAGAUAUAGCCUGGAUGGAAUUGGACUCUAAGCUGGACGUUACCAUAGGUCCAUAUGAGACGUACGAGGAUACAAUUUUUGGUUACAAGGCAACAUUUGAAGCAUUCAUUGGUAUCCGGGAUGACAAAGCGACUGCUCAACUAAAACUGUUUGGUGAUAAUUUGCAGUUUUUGGAACAAAAUCUUCCAAUGGACAGUGCAUACAAAUCAAAAAAUGUCAAUGCUGCUCCCAUUCGGGUCAUCCAGCUUCUUUAUAAUGCAGGGGAUGUAAAGGGUCCUCAAACUGUUGCUUUCAAUUUACCAAAUGAUGAGCGUAUAGUAAAAGAUCGAGGAACUUCAAUGGUCAUGCUGAAGAAUGUUUCAGAGGCAAAGUUCAAGCAUAUUCUUCAGCCCAUAGCUGAUGUUUGUAUUAGCGAGGAACAAAAAGGAUUGGUAGAUUUUGAAUCUUUCUUUACGCACACUAUAUGCCAUGAGUGCUGCCAUGGUAUUGGGCCUCAUACUAUCACACUUCCAGACGGCCAAAAGUCAACAGUAAGAAAGGUUAUUUACAUAACUUUUCUUUUUAUACUACAUCUAUAAUUUAUGGAUUGUUUU